AUGGCAGGCGGUCAGCGGGUUGUCUCCGGUGAUCAUCACACAUCUGUGACUGGACUCGUUCAACAUCUCGAUCGUGGAAACAGCGUCAGACUUCAUAGGACAGUGGAAAACAAUGAAUCCGGCAAACUUCAAGUCGCUCUCAACAGAGUGUCUUUCAACGCUGUCAAUGUUCUUGUCGGUAUUCAAGUACUUGUAGGCCAAGGCCAGCACUCUGGAUCCGGAACGGGUGAACGACUUGAACGUCUCCUCCUGUUUGGCGCUCUCGGACUUGAAACCAGCCAAACCUUCAAAAAUAAGAUCUUCUCCGGUCAAAGUACCAGUCUUGUCAAAACAGCAGACGUCGAUUCUUCCAGCAACCGGAAUUCUGAACGGCUCGGUACAGUAGAUGUAGAACUUUCCAAGAGCAGCCAGAGACUGAUUGACGGCCAUGGUGAGCUCCAUAGGAAGCUCAGGAGGAACAACAGAGGUGAUCACAAUAAUACAGUCGAGAAUCAGCUUGGACUGGACUCUACCCAUUUUUGUACCUUCCACCCAAACGUACCAGGAGGCAAUGACGGCAAACACAAGCAAGAACAAAAUGAAGAAAAAGGCCUCCUUGUUGGCGACCGACAUUCUCUCGCUGGAGAAGAUCAUGACUCUGACCAGCGAACCUUGAGUGGUUUCGAAUCCGGUCUUUGCAACCAAAGCCAAAGCACCGUUAUCUGGGGCCAAUUUAACGAGGGGUUUCUCUGGUGGAGUCACCUGCAAACAGGAGGUACCACCGUGAAGACGCGAGUUCUUGUCCAGUCCAUCUGGUUGGUACAAAUCAGAAUCGUCUCUCAACUUGAUCGACUCUUUCAACAGCGGAGUGGAUUCUCCAGAAAGCAUGGCCUCGUUGACGAUACAGGAGCCAUCCAAGAGAACAAGAUCACACGGGACAGACAGGUCUUCGUGAGGAGUUCUGGUCACAGAGACAAUGUCGCCAGGAAGAAGGUCGUCAGUGGAUAUCUUGGUCCAAGUCUGGUCUCUGUAGCAGUAGAUCUCGUACGGCUUGAUUCCCAUACUCUGGAAUUCAGUCAUGGUUGUCUUUCUCUGGUAAACACUGGUACUUUCGAAACUGACAAGCAUAAAGAGCGAGAACAGAGACAGAUACCACAUCUCGUCCAUACACCACAGGGCGAUGGAGAAGAGCUGGAAAACAAAGAACGGAGCAAGAGCGUGCUCGACGAACAGUUCCAAAAACGUUGGGAUUGGGAUGUCGAACUUGUUCUUGCCAUUCAAGUUCCAUCUUGGGAGCAGCCAAAUCAGCGAAUGGAUCGACAGAAGCGUCAAUGUGUAGACAAACGUCCAUUCUCUUCCAACAAAGUACUCAUCGUAGUGGUUGGUGUACAGGUUGUAGUACACCGGGUAGAUGACCAAGAACGGAAGCACAUACGGCUUCAGGAGCCACGGCUUAGGCUUGAGCAGCUGCGACGACUCGAUGGUGUCGCUGUUGACCAGUUCUUGGGGCAUUGGGGAGAGAUUAAAAACGUGGAAAUUUUCAAGAUAGCGAAGCCGGGUAAGAAUGGGGGCCGCAAUGGGACAGCGGACAAGGUAUGUCGUUGUUAG